GAACCACCAACUUUAGGUCGCCCUUCACUUUCAAAGUCUUUCCUUUCGUAUUUUGAAGAAAACCGUUCCAGCGUCGCCCAGCUCUGCACUACUUCUGUAAUUCGUCGCGUAAUCUUGUCACAAUGGUCAACGCUCAAUGUCCGAUUUGCACUGAUUCCUAUCCUUUGGAAUCCUUUCUCUUCCUCGCGUGUGGACAUGGAUGCUGUGAUAGUUGCACGAAUAACUACAAGGGCAAAGUCUGCUCCAUAUGCAGAAAGGCUAAGGGUUCUGUUGAGCCUCAUCAAAUAUAUUUCACAGUCGUGGACGAUAGCCUCGAAGGAAAAGUGUUAUACAAUGCUGGAAAGCUUGAGAGUUUGGACUCCCUUUCGGAGCCGAGACAUAUUGCUGCCACUGCAGACAGUUUAAGGCAGAUAGUAAAAGAUACUCCUCUGGACGACAGUUUGAUAUCUCGCCUGAUCCAAGCUGCGGAUAACCUCGAAGAACGGUUACCAAUAUACGAUCAACUUGAGGCUGAACGACGUAAUAGCGCCACUUUGAAGGCCCGUAUCAACGAAUUGGACCAGAACCUUCUCGUCGUACAAGAAUGCUGCUCGGACAUCGAGAGGCAGCGCGAAGACGCACUACACAAGUGCGAAGUCUUGUUUCAAGACUCGAAGAGACGCAUCUCUCGCGAGCAGACCCAAAAGGAGUUCCUUGACCAAAGGGCCAAGCAGCAAAAGAAGGAGAUGGAAAGGGAAAUUGCGAGGCUGACUUCAUUGUGUCUCGAGAAAGAGAAGCAGAUAAAACUGGAGAAGAAGAAAUCAAGAGCAUUGGCCCGGCAGUAUACCCGCCAAAGUGUAGAAGACAACGAUGACUCUUUAAUCGUGACUAUGGAUUAGCUUCUUGAAUCUUCAGUGCGAUCAAUAUGAACUCGUUUAUAUUCCCUCUGUUCCUUGGAUACCAACUUUGUAAUAAUUUCAGUCA